AUGGCGGAUCCCUUGACAGUGCUAGGCGCUGUCUCGUCCGUCGUCCAACUGGUAGAUUUUACUACCAAAGUCUUCGAGCGAGUGAACCACUAUAUUCGCUGUGUCGACGAAGCUCCAGAAACCCUACGCGAUAUCGGAAUCCAAUUACCUCUCUUCAUCGACGCAUUGGGUCGGAUCCAAUUCCAUAUCGACUUUGGCCACUUCAAUCCACAAGCUUCAUCCGCCCUACAGAUGGUGAUUGAUGAAUGCUAUUCGCAAAUGACUGCACUUGAUGACCUCAUGACAAAGUUGACACCUGAGCAAGGCGAUUCAAAAUUGACAAAGACUCGGAAGGCGAUUCUCAGCUUGAAAGAUGAAAAGACCUUGGAGAGAAUCUUCUCUAAGGUUUCGGGAUAUAUCCAGAUGCUCUUGCUUUAUCAGAAUUCCGUGACUUCAACACAUACUAUGGUUAACACCAAAUUGGUGUGGAAACAACUUGAAAACGCAUCUUCCUUGCAAACGAUGAGCAUAGACUCUGUUUCCACGACGAGGGACUCCCAAAGCCUGUCAACUGAAACUGAAACCAGCACACCACGUGUGGCUUCAAAAACUCUCACCAACUAUUCCAACCAGAAGCAACGGCGAACAUCAUAUUUUAUAGGGCUUGCCAGAUUUGGCUUACUCUGGGCUUUCCAGGCAGAUCUAGAUCUCUCUUGGGGAAAUUGUGGCUUCUCUAUCAGCCCUAGCCUUCAUUUUCAACGGCUGGUUAAGAACACUUCGCCCGGAUUCCAGUUGGUGUACAAAUGUGAAAUUGAACAACUUGACAUUCAAAAAGCAUCCAACAAGCUCUUCAAAUUAUUUCAGAGAGGGGUCAUCUCGCCGUGUGAUACCUUCCCUGACGGAGCGACAUGGCUCGAGGUAUGUUGA